AUGGAUGCUAGAAGAAAACACUGGAAGGAGAAUAUGUUUACUCAUCAUUUUAGCGCACAGGAUGUUCUAGAAGAGGCUUCUAACACUGAAUCUUCUUGUGAACCAAUAGUUGUAGAUAACACCAAGAGAAUGGAAGGAAAUUAUAAUCUGUCCAGUAGAAAGUUUCAGGAAGAAAAUAAAUUUAAGAGGAAAGAAUAUGUUUCUCAACUAAAUGAAAGAGAACAAGAACCAAAUGUAAGAGAGAGAAGGAUAAACAUGUCAAAGAAUGAGCCAGACAUAAAGUCUGUCUCCAGUGAAUCAUUUAAUUUGGAUGUUGUAUCGGAAGAAAGCUUAAACAGAAUAGAAGACUCCUGUGCCUGGAGUAAAGAAGAUUUACCAAUCAUACCACGACAAGCCCCAAGGAAGAAAGUAACUGAAGGAAUGUCUCCAAAACUUCGCCUGAACCUUUUAAAUGAAGAACUAGAAGAACUUAAUAUGAAAUGCAGAAAAAUAGAAGAGGAAUUUGAAAAUGCUGAAAAAGAACUUUUAAACUCCAAGAAAGAAGUUUCUGUGAAAUCCCUAAAUUUUCAAGAGACAGGGACAGAUACUUUGAAGAAUGACAGGGAACUUCAAGCUUUAAAAAAUGACCUAUCCGAAAAAGCGACAGAUGUAAAAAACUUAACUGAGGAGCUCCAGCAAGCCAAAGAAGUUAUCCACAACUUGAACCUAGAGAACAGAAAUUUAAAAGAAGCUGUUAGGAAAUUAAAGCGUCAAACUGAAAUAGGAAAUGCUCUCCUAAAAGAAGAAAUGAAAUUGUAUUAUGAAUUAGAAAUGGACAAGAUCCGUGGAGAGCUGGAUGCCAUCAAGAAUGAACUGAGAGCUGAGAAGACCCUGCAAGCAAGAAAUAACAAAGCCCUGGAAUUGCUUAGAAAACACUUUGCUACCAUGAUAAGGUCACCAGACACCCUUAACCACUUUACUGGAGAUUUUUUUUAA